UUAUGCGCGAUUUUCACCACUUUGGCCGGUUCUUCUCACUUGUGGACGACCCCUAGGCACCCCCUAAACACUAGUAACAUGUGUAUAUCAGUUGUGGAGAGUUGUAGACCUGGUUGUCAAUGAAUCAUGGUGCCUUGGACACUAUAUAAACCUCAUAAGUUGCAACUCUUUGAUCAUUCCAUUCUCAACUCAAUUCUGAUCAAUUGUGGAGCUUCCAAGCAGAUCACAAGCCUUCCUAAACGUCUAUUAAACACUAGAAUUAACAAAAUGCCGCCAAGAUUCUUCAGGAGAAGAGGAAGAGGCAAGGGGCCAAUCACCGCCCCCAACAAUAAUGAAGCUGGACCCUCGAAUGCGCGAGCCCCAUCUACCAUGGAGAGCGACGAUCCCCAGCAGAACCGGAGGAACCUUUUUGAGCCCACUAGACGGUCGGUCUCACACAGUUCAACACCUCCUAACCCUUAUGGGCCACAACCAGAUUAUGAGCCCCACAACCCUCAACCUUCAUACAUACCAUUACAGCGAUCCUUAUCGCACAACUCCUUCGGUGACCCUACACCAGUUUUUAGGGGCCGGUUUAACCCGGCAAACUUCCUGCAAGAACCAGGAAAUUUUAACCCAUUAGGUCCAGAAGAUCAUUUCUCUGGAGAUCAUGCGGACGACAUGGAUGAGGAUACGGACCCUGUCGAGCCUGCCAGUGGCACACCAAACCACCCGAUAGAGAUCUCGGAUGGGUCUUCCUUCCACGGAUCACCCUAUGUUGGACCAGAUAGCUUUCAAGCUAUGUUUACCAGGCACGAAUGGUACUUUACGCCUCCUCACCAUGCAUCACCUCAACAGCAGCAACAACAGCAACAAGAUCCCUCUGAGGAUCCAAGGUUCGUGGCAGUCACGCCACCACCUCCUCCACCACCAGUUCAACCGGCACCCCCGCAACCACCAAGGCGUAGGAGAACCGGAGCGCGCAUAUCUGUGCGAACAGGAGACUUUCAUUUUAGUUCUCCGCUCCAAUCAAGUGGCAGCCACUACCCGCCACAUCAAGAAGAUCCACAAAUGGGUGGGCCUUCACGCCCAGUUGCACCACAACCACCGCCUAUGGGUUUUGAUAACCCAAUUCCGGCAUACACGGGUUCCAUGGCGUAUAACCCGUUUGAGCAGCCAGUGCACACCAACUACAACUACGCCGAAGCCGAUCCGUACGUGGUGGCGGCUAACUAUAACACCCAAGGACCAUAUGGAGACCCAUGGGGAGUAGGGUACCCAACUCAUGGAUACCAGAUACCUGCAAGACCUAUUAUACGGACACAAUCGCAACCGCCAAGGAUCUCUCCGCCUGAGCGUGAAGAAAUUUUGAAAAGGUUGGACUAUGUAGAGCGAGAAUUUCACAGGGAGCGAAGGGAGCGACAAACAUUCUUCCAAGGAUUGACAAGCUUGAUCAAAGGAAAGAGCAAGAAGGACCACUGAAUCCUUCCAAGUAUUGUUGAGCCCCUGCGUGGGCCAGUCUUGUAGUAUAAACCCCUGCGUGGGCAUGCUUUGUUAAUAAACCCCUGCGUGGGUAUGUUUUGUUAAUAAACCCCUGCGUGGGUAAGUUUUGUUAAUAAACCCCUGCGUGGGUACGUUUUUGUUAUUAAACCCCUGCGUGGGUACGUGUGCUAAUUAAACCCCUGCGUGGGUAUGAUGUUUAAGGUCCCUGCGUGGACUAGUUUGCUUACUUAAAGCCCCUGCAUGGGCAAGUACCUGUUUAAAACCCCUACGUGGGUAAUGGUUGUUUGGAAAGACCCGUUUAGGGCAACAUGUAACCUGUGUAUAAUUAAUG